CCGAGAACUAUAAAUAGCCACAAGAGCCCAAGCAAGUGGCCUUAGCCCAUGGAUUUCCUUCUAAAAAUGCAGACCCAUUUUAAUUAAAUUUGGGGAGGGCAGUUCCCCACUGGACUUCACUUUGGCUCCUGGAAAACACUAGCAAGAUGGGGAUCAUAGCCGUGCUCAUGCUGCCUCUGCUCCUUCUGGCAAUCAGUGGAAUCCUCUUCAUCUACCAAGAAGUUUCCAGGCUGUGGUCAAAGUCGGCAGUCCAGAACAAAGUGGUUGUGAUUACUGAUGCCAUCUCAGGGCUGGGCAAGGAAUGUUCUCGACUGUUCCAUGCUGGUGGUGCAAGAUUGGUAUUGUGCGGCAAGAAUUGGGAGAAGUUAGAAGUCUUAUAUGAUGCACUUAUUAGUGUGGCAGAUCCAAGCAAGACAUUUACACCAAAGCUGGUCCUCCUGGAUCUUUCAGACAUCAGUUGUGUCCAGGAUGUUGCCAAAGAAAUCUUAGAUUGCUAUGGGUGUGUGGACAUUCUUAUUAACAAUGCAAGCAUGAAAGUGAAAGGCCCUGCACAGAAUAUCUCCCUGGAGCUUGACAAAAAGAUCAUGGAUGUCAACUACUUUGGACCCAUCACACUGACCAAAGUCCUGCUUCCCAACAUGAUCUCCCGAAGAACAGGACAGAUUGUAUUGGUCAGUAACAUUCAGGGGAAAUUUGGAAUUCCACUUCGAACUGCAUAUGCUGCCUCAAAACAUGCUGCCCAAGGCUUUUUUGAUUGUCUCCGAGCAGAAGUGGAAGAAUUUGAAGUGGUCGUUAGCACCGUGAGCCCAACUUUCAUCAGAUCCUACCACAUGUAUACAGAAACAGGGAACUGGGAAGCUUCUAUCUGGAAAUUCUUUUUUAGAAAGUUCACCUAUGGUGUCCACCCUGUGGAAGUAGCUGAAGAAGUGAUGAAGACAAUAAGGAGGAAGAAGCAGGAGGUUUUCAUAGCCAACCCCAUCCCCAAGGCCGCCAUCUACAUUCGCACUUUUUUUCCAGAGUUCUUUUUUGCUGUGGUGGCUUGUGGGGUCAAGGAAAAAUUAAGUGUCCCAGAGGACAGGUCCAAAUCCUCUCCCUCUUACCUCUACCCCACCACCAGUGAGAAAGCAAGAAAAACAAAACCCAUUACAAACAUGUAUAGUCAAACAAAAGGAAUUCCUGCAAUGGUCAUGUACCCUCACCCUCCUAUAAGAAAACAAGUCAUACAUAAGCUUUAUUCUGCACUUAGACUUUAUUUAGUCCAUCCCCUCUUCUGGAGGUGGGUAGCAUAUUUCAUCAUGAGUCCUCUGGAACUGUCAUUGGUUCCAUUGUAUUGAUAUGAGUUCAUAAGUCAUUCAAGGAGCUUACAUUCUAAUGGGAGGAGAGAAUAACUAAGAGUUCUCUUAGGGAGUGGGAGGAAAUACCUAUGUGAAGCUAUGGAGGAGAAAUCAGGAGCACAAAGAGCCACGGGAGGAAGAAAUUUUCCAUAAUGCAUAGGCCAUUGAUACAUGGAAAAGUUCAAACGGUCAAGAGCAGAACUGGGAGGGGAGUGAAGGAAUGAGCAGAAGGCUAAGCUUGAUACUUUCUCAAAGCAGAAGGAACUCGCCAAUUAGAAUCACCACCAGAUGAUGAAUUUUGUCAGCCACAGAAACUAAAAAACUAUCAAUUAUGGCAUGGAGGGAAGAGUUUAGAGAUGGAAGGGAUCCUAGAAAUAAUUUAGUCAAGCUUUGUUUUUAUUUUAUAAUGAAACUUUUUAUUUUAUAAUGAAAUUCAUCUUCUGGAACAUGAAAUUGUUUGCCUGAAGUCACAGAGCUAGUAAAUAACACAAGUGUGAUUUGAAUACAGGUCCUCUGAUUUCAACUCUGUUGUUCUUUCUAUGCUGCUCUGAUCAUGGAGACAUGCCAUGUCAUAGAUAGAAUUGGCUAAGAGGACACAGGACCAGAGGUCCUUCUGCAUUUGGCUGAUUCCACAAGUCUAGAUAGAUGGGUGAAAUCUGUGGUCUAAGAGGAGAAAGUCAACAAGAUUUGCACUAGUGAACAGACUUGAUGAGUUUCGCUCUACUGCAAAGAUUAUUUUUUCUCUGCUAUCUUUGGUAAUGCCUGUCUUGUUGAAGGUGGUUCUAAACCACAAAGUGAAGAAUCUAAAAAAAAGAGAUGAGACCUGCAAUGGAACCCUGCCCCUAGUGGAGCAUGACCAGAAGUACCAUAAUCUCUUUGCGGUUCUCAUACAUGUAAACAAGCAGGGCUUUGUACCUUCAUGAACAGUAGAUAAGAGUUUUGCAGACCUACAGCAAAGAGAAUUCCAAAGGUUAGGUGUUUCCAUGGUAGUGUCCACUUUUAUUCACUUCCUCUCUUCAGUUUGAAUUAUUUCUUCUCUCUGUAGCAACAUAUCUACCAUCUAGCUGCUAACUCCCUGAAACCUCAGUGGAUUGAUAUCUCUCUAAAUCCAUGGAAAUUAAGCCACCUAUACCUUGUAAUUGCCUGACUGACUCAGAAUCACAGAACUGAAAGGACCUCAAAGGUUAUAUUGUCAAACUCUUGCUCUAGAACACAUCUGACAAAUGAUCUUCCAGGCUUCACUUGAUUGCCUCUAGUGAACAAGAACCCACUUCCUCCUUAAACAGCUCAUUUUACUUUGGAAUAGCUCUAAUUGUUAUAAAGUUUAUUCCCUAUUUCAAGCCAAAAUCUGCCUCUCCUGUCACUUCCACUUGUUGCUCCUAGAAGAAACAAAGAUGGUGAUUUGGAGGGUUUAAGAAUUGUGAAGAAAAAAAAAAGAAUUGUGAAGAGCAAAGAAUGAGAUUUAGGGAACAGAAGGUAUAGAAGGGAGGGAAGGGGAGGAUGAAGAGUCUAAAAGAAGUUGGGGAAUUACAGAUAAGGGCAAAACUUAAGAACAAAGUAAAAUAUUCGCAUAAGAAAAAGAAAAAGAAAAAGGAGAACUCAAUGUAAAGUGGGAGGAAGAGUGGGAAGGUAAAGUGGGAGAAAGAGUGUCCUACUCUUUUGAGUAGGAUACAAGAAUAAGUAAUGAACCAAGAAUAAAAAGCGAAGAGAAAAGGAAAAGGAAUGAAGAAGGAGAAGGAAUCCAGGAAGAGGAUUCCAAAGGGGGGGGGUAUGAACAAAAGGAGAACCCAAGUAGAAAUCAGAGGAAAGGUAGGAAGAUACAAACUUAAGGAGGACAUCAAAGAGGUGGAAUCAAGAAGGAAGAUGAAAGAAGUGAGGGGGAAAUGGAAGAAGAGAUGAGGACCCAAGCUAAAGUCAGGAAAAAGAAGAAGGGGGUAAAGACAAAA